UGACGUCACUAUGAGAGGCAUCGAAGUCGACCAACUCCCGUCUUGGCCAUAUGCCAAUGCGACCAGGCCUGAUACAAAGCGGGGAAACGACGGAGAACACCCCGAGUUCUCAUCCCGACAGUCCAGCCCAGUAAGUGCACGACACAGGCGACAAUCGUCGACGCGUUCACGAAAUUGAAGACUACGUGUGGCGUACUCCGCGUCGUCUGGAACAACGCGGCAUGAGGCGUGUUCCGCGAUCAAGGUCGAGUCUACAGGAGAGGCCCAGGUGCGCGCAAUGCCCUAUAGUAGGGCGCCGUAAACAUCCUGCACACUUCGGUUGGAUUAUUCCUUGAAGCGAACGCGCGCGGUGUCGGCGGACAGACUGUCGUCUCGAUCUUAUCAGUGGAUGAGCGCACGUCUAGACAAGUUCGACAAAGCCCGAUAACAAUUCGUUGGCAUACAUGUAGAGGGAGGCAUACGUAAGAGUAUCACAGAAUCCCAAUAAACGUGCGUAGACAAUGCCGUCG